UAAAGCCUCGUAUGGUGGAUACUAUGUUCAAAACACCCAAGCCUUUUGCUCCGGAGCAAGCACAUGCUUUCCUUGAGAAUCGUCAUAAUAUCUUUUGGUUCCCAUAUACUUUGACAAAUCCAGAUGGUUUAUUCCAGCCCAAAAAGGCUUUCCUAAUCUCGAUUCGACGGGGAAUGCUUCCUUGGAGGCGUGGCUGUUUGGAGAAUGAUGCUUGCAUAGCUGAACCGUAUCAUCCAGAUCGAGUAGCACAACAAUUCCGUUUUGACCAAGUCGUGCCUUUCUCUCCUCUACAAAGCUUAUAUACGACUGACGAGAUUGGAAUUGCUCAUGCUUUUUGGCUGCAUUUGCUCUCACUGGAUCCGGCGUUCAAAUAUUUUCCGAAUGAUAAUCGAGUCACGGAUUCUUCUGUGGCGUGGGCUAAUUGGUGGAGAAAUUUUGUGAAACCUUUUGCCCGUAUUUCAAAUUCUCUUUGCAAUGGCAACAUGUUGGGAAAGAUUUCUUAUGAUGAGAGGAAGAAGAGCAAGUAUGCGCUACAGCAUCAUAUCACUGCUCGUCCACUUUCUACCACAGACCUUAAGGUGGUAAAACGGGUAUGUGAUAGUCAACGAGUACAAUAUAUUACUGUCAUUGAGAAGAUAGAGGAAAGAAUCAAAAAUCGUUGGACACCGGUACUCCAAAGUUACGAGCAGGAUGUCGUUGCUGCUACUCACCCAAUACAAUCAGAUAAGCAAGGACGUCUAUCAAAUGACAAUGUUGCAGCUGUGGUUUCCUCUGCCCAACCGUUGGCGAGGUAUAAUGAACCUCCAAAGAUCACUCCCAAUACUAAUGGAAAGAGGUCUAGGCAGUCUACGUCUACCCUCACUCCUGUUGACGAGGAUGAGAGGUUACCCUUGAAGCGAAAACUUGAUUUUUCUGCAGAGUCUGAUUUGUCUGCAUUUCCAGUGUUUGAAACUGUAACGACAGAAUCAGAUUUUGGUACUUUAAUCAGCAAUGAAAAUCUUGACCGCGCGCUUGCUGGUGAAGAUGAUCACGGUUGGGAGGAUCUUUUUGACAUAUACAUGGAGAGUUAUCAGUCCGAUGGGUCUGGGAUGCCUCAUUCAUCUUCUACUUUAAAUGGGGCUCAAAAUAUUCCUGCAACCCCUAAUGAUUUUGGUUUUUCGUCAACCUUACAUGGUAGCGAGCAGGACGCUCACAGUUUGGCAAGUCCCGAGGUGACGGUGGUCGUUUCAGGAAAGAGCUCAGAAAUGGAACAUAAUCUCAUAAGGGAUCCUUUUCUGGAUGCCACCAACAAGGUAGUGAAGAAUGCUCUUAAGGGUUUGAACACGACGACAAUCUGUGAUCCUGAGCAUCGUAUCAUGCUUGAGGAGAUUUCGAAGAUGCUGCCUGGGUAUAUUCCCCAGAUAGCUAAAGCUAAAGAAGUGUUAGUCCAGCUUGUUACUCUUUCAAACAAGCUAGAAACUAAUCAGGAUGAACUUCAGAAGGAGACUGAAAAGGAGAACCAUGCUAGGACUGAAGCGACACUUGAAGUUCAGUCCCGCGAAGAUGCCGCUAAAACUGUUGCUGAAGAAUUAUCUUCCGUUGGGAAACGUCGUGCCGAACAGGCAGCAUUCGUAGCAAGUCUUAAGGCACAGCUUGAGGAGGCUUCUGCUGCUUUGUUUGACCUUGAUGGGAAUGAAGAGAAGCUACGGCAAGCAUACUCUGUUCACGAGUCAGAACUGAAGGAGCGCAGAGAUAGGCUUCAGAAUGCCGGCGUUGGCCACAGUCAAAAGCUCACUGAAUUCCAGCAACAGGCCCAAACUUUGAAGCUUGAAGCGGAUCAGCUCAUUGGAAAUCUGCGCAAAUGGCGCUCCCUGUGAAGGAUUCAGAUUGUCCGCGUCUCUUUUACUUGGUCAUUAUAGUUUCUGAUUUCAUUUCUUCAGAAUUAGCAUUUUGUUUAUCAUUUGGUAUUAAGUGGUUAGCAGACUAUGUCAUGCUAUUCGUGUAACAAUUGAACUUCAGUCAAUCACUUUGUUAGGAUUCGCGUGUCUUUAAGCUCCCAACAUUUAUUUAUAAUGUCCUG